GGCUAUCGCGUUUGACAGCUUCUUCUUCUCGUCUAUACCCGGUAGGCAUAGCGGGCGUCACCCUUUGAAAUUUGUCGGAUGCUUUUUUUGUUUCUCGCUUAGGCCGGCCAUGAAAUUUGUCGGAUGCUCUUUGAAGAAUCUCCUCAACCUCAUCCUCUUCGAUGAUUCCAUUUCAUUUUUGUUAAUAAACAUAAACGCCUGUUUAGGAGGGUAGGAUUCAUUUUUCCUCUUUUCUUCCUCCACUUCUCGACUGUCAACUCCAUAUCCCCGCCACCGCCAUGGAUACUCUACUUCCCGUCAUUUUUCUUCUUUUCUUUUUCUCGUUCCUAUCCUCCGCUCAAUCCUCCACCAUCGGCGUCCAGUACGUUUCCAAACUCCUCGAAAUUCAAAACCACGAAAGAGCUCCUCCUUCCCUCCAGGUUGCCGCAGCUCGCGCCGUUCUCCAUCGCCUGAUUCCUUCUCACUCUUCCGCCUUUGAAUUUCAAAUAAUUUCUUCUAAGGAUGAAUGUGCUGGAGGAUCUUGCUUCAUUAUCAAAAACCAUCCUGCUUCACAAAAACACGAGGCUCCAGAGAUUCUAAUAAGUGGUGUCACUGGGGUUGAAGUUUUGGCUGGUCUACACUGGUACUUGAAGUAUUUGUGUGGUUCACAUAUAUCUUGGGAAAAAACAGGUGGUGCACAACUACUUUCAAUACCUAAGUUAGGCUCUCUUCCUCGUGUUCAAGAUACUGGCAUCUUCGUCCAAAGACCCAUCCCGUGGAAUUACUACCAGAAUGCUGUCACAUCGAGCUAUUCUUUUGCUUGGUGGGAUUGGGAAAGAUGGGAAAAGGAAAUUGAUUGGAUGGCUCUCCAAGGUAUCAACUUGCCGCUAGCAUUUACUGGGCAAGAAGCUAUUUGGCAAAAGGUUUACCAGAAAUUCAAUAUAAGUGGUUCAGAUUUGGAUGACUUCUUUGGAGGCCCUGCAUUUCUUGCUUGGUCACGUAUGGGAAAUUUACACGGAUGGGGUGGACCACUACCACAAAGUUGGUUUAAUGGACAAUUAACUUUGCAAAAGAAAAUUCUUUCCAGAAUGUAUGAACUUGGAAUGACUCCAGUCCUUCCAGCCUUUUCUGGCAAUGUUCCUGCAACAUUAAAAAAUGUAUUCCCAUCUGCAAAGAUAACACGCUUGGGUAAUUGGUUUUCUGUUAAAAGCAAUCCUAAAUGGUGUUGCACUUAUCUUCUUGAUGCAACUGAUCCCUUGUUCAUUGAGAUUGGGAGAGCUUUUAUCGAGGAACAACUGAAAGAAUAUGGAAGGACAAGCCACAUUUACAACUGUGAUACAUUUGAUGAGAAUACUCCUCCGGUGGAUGAUCUAGAGUACAUCUCCUCAUUAGGUGCAUCAAUCUUUAGUGGAAUGCAGAGUGGUGAUGUCAAUGCCAUUUGGCUAAUGCAGGGGUGGCUAUUUUCAUAUGAUCCAUUCUGGAGGCCUCCACAAAUGAAGGUUAUAUCUAUAGUUUUUUUUCCCCUUGCACUUCUGCAUUCUGUUCCCUUAGGGAAGCUGGUUGUCCUUGAUUUGUUUGCUGAAGUGAAACCCAUCUGGAUUACUUCAAAGCAAUUCUAUGGUGUUCCUUACAUCUGGUGCAUGCUACACAACUUUGCAGGAAACAUAGAGAUGUAUGGAAUUUUGGAUGCAAUAGCUUCUGGGCCUAUUGAAGCUCUAACAAGUGAAAACUCAACAAUGGUUGGCAUUGGAAUGUCAAUGGAAGGUAUAGAACAAAAUCCAAUUGUUUAUGAUCUUAUGUCUGAAAUGGCAUUUCAACACCAAAAGGUUGAUGUCGAGGCAUGGAUUGAACUUUAUAUAGCAAGGCGAUAUGGUCAGUUAGUUCCUUCAAUAAGUGAUGCUUGGAGCAUAUUAUAUCGCACACUUUACAAUUGCACUGAUGGAGCCUAUGACAAGAAUAGGGAUGUUAUUGUCUCAUUUCCAGAUGUGAGUCCAUCCUUUAUUUCAUUGCCACGUGAGAGGUAUCACCACUAUGGGAAACCAACAUCUAGAAGAGCCAUACUAAGGGAGAAAACAGAUGCUUAUGAUCAACCUCAUCUAUGGUAUUCAACUUCUGAAGUGAUAAGGGCAUUGGAACUUUUCAUUGCAAAUGGGGAUGCACUAUCAGCAAGUAACACUUACAGGUAUGACUUAGUUGACUUGACUAGACAAGCACUGGCAAAAUAUGCAAAUGAGCUAUUCUUAGAGAUCAUUGAUGCGUAUAAGUUAAAAGAUCUUAAUGGAGUCACCACUCUGAGUCAGAAGUUUUUAGACCUUGUUGAAGAUCUGGACACUCUUUUAGCAUGCCAUGACGGGUUUCUUCUAGGACCAUGGCUAGAAACUGCUAAACAACUUGCACAAAAUAAAGAAGAAGAAAAACAGUUUGAGUGGAAUGCAAGAACUCAAAUAACCAUGUGGUUCGACAACACAGAGGAAGAAGCGAGUCUACUUCACGAUUAUGGGAACAAGUAUUGGAGUGGAGUGGUGGGAGAUUAUUAUGGGCCCCGAGCAGCAAUAUAUUUUAGAGCUUUGAUAGAAAGCUUAGAGAAGGGCGAGGACUUCAAGACGAAGAAAUGGAGGCGGGAGUGGAUAAAGCUGACAAACGAUUGGCAAAAGAGUGGGAAGGUGUAUCCAGUGGAAAGUAAUGGCAAUGCUCUCACCAUCUCACGAUGGCUAUACAACAAGUAUUUGAGGUCGGAGUCGUCUUAAAACACACAUACACUCACACUUACUUUCAUCAUUGAAUAAAUUUGCUGCUGCGGAAUCAGAUUAAAAUCAAAAUGAACAAUAUUUUAAUUUCCUCAAGGCAAAGUGUGCUAGAAUUGUCUCAUCUUAUAUAUGUAAUGUAAGCAAAAUAUAUGUUGUAAACUAUAUCAUUGUUAUGUGUUCUCCCACAGUUUAUUCUAGCAUGAAACUCUUUCAC